UCAAAAAUAAGCGAGAAAAAAGCAAAAAAGGUGUGUCAACACAUUCCAUGAAUUUUCAUUGUUGGCGGCGUAUAAUGCGGUGUAGUAACAAAUCAACAACUUUAAUGCCAAAAAUAAAAUUUUUAAGUUUAAUUUGUUUGACAGCUUCUUUUUGUUUUUUAUUAUAUUAUAUUUAUUCUACUAAUUUUAAUGAUGAAUUACAAAUUUUGAGAACUCAAUUUGAAUUAAAAAAUCAACAAAUUUUAAUUUUGAAAAAUGAAAUUAAUGAUGCUCAAUCUCAAUUAAAUAAUUUGAGGAAUUCGGAAAUUGAAUGUAAAUCACAAAACGAGGUUCUUUUGGGACAACUUAAAGCUGCCGAAACAAAAAAUGACCAACAAAACAAGCCUGUAAAAGAAGUUCGUAUCCAACCACUAAAGAAUAAUAAACAUCCAGCAAUUAAUGCAAUUAAAGAAUUGGAUUUACAACAUUCGGAUUAUCCCAGACUUACAUUAGAAGGAAAUUUUGUUCCAACCAAUUUGUGGAUGCAUUUUGAUUUUAAAGGAGCUCCUCCUAAACCUUCAUAUUUUAUUUCUUUAUUACCUCUUUUGCAAAAUAUGGGGUUUAAUGGAUUACUUAUUGAAUGGGAAGAUAUGUUUCCCUAUAAAGGAAGACUUGCCAAUGCAAUUAAUGGGGAUGCUUACACAAUGAAUGAAGUAGAGAAAAUGCUUGCUGCAGCAAAAGAAUAUAAAUUUGAAAUAGUCCCUUUAGUACAAACUUUUGGACAUUUGGAAUGGAUACUUAAAUUAAAUGAAUUUAAACAUUUGAGAGAUGAUCCUUUGUAUCCACAGGUUAUUUGUAUCGGUUCAGAAGAAUCAUGGCAAAUUAUAAUGGAUAUGAUUAAUCAAGUUGCUAGUGUACAUAAACGUUUUGGAAUGAAUUAUUUCCAUAUUGGUGCAGAUGAAGUUUUUAAUUUUGGAACUUGUAAUGAAACAAUUAAUUUAAUUCAAAAAUUGGGAAGUAGAGAUAAAGCAUUUUCUUGGCAUGUUUUUAGGACUGCUAAUUUUGUUAAAAAACAAUUUGCUUCUUCGACAACAAUUUUGGCUUGGCAUGAUAUGCUUGUUCAUAUGUCAGAUAGAGACUCUGAAGCUUUUAAUUUGAGUAAAAUACUUGAACCAAUACUUUGGUCAUAUGCCGAAGAUCUGGAUAUGUAUUUGCCUUAUUCUGAUUGGCUUGCUUUGAAAAAAUUUGAGAAAGUUUGGGGUGCUUCAGCUUUUAAAGGUGCAGAUGGCCCAAUGCGUUUCUAUUCAAAUCCAAUUCAUUAUAUUCGCAAUCAUGAAGCUUGGAUUGAACAAAUGACUAAAAUUUAUAAAGAAUUUGAUAGAUUUCAGGGUCUAAUAAUUACUGGUUGGUCUCGUUAUGAUCAUUUAGCCGUCCUUUGUGAAAUGCUCCCAGUUGGAAUACCCACACUUUCAAUGUCUGCAGAAACAAUACUCGCUGGACGUCCCCUAGAUGGACGUUAUGAAAAAACUUCAAAAUUAUUGCAUUGUGAUGCUCCAUAUAAACCUGGAUUUGCUUAUGGUUGUGAAUUUCCUGGAAAGAGGGUCUACGAAUUAAUUAAUGAAUAUUCAACUUUUAGUCAACAAUUAAGAAAAUAUAUUGAUACAGAUUUUGAAUUUAAUGGUUGGGUAUCUAUUCUGACAGAAAAUUGGAAUUCUUCUUCUCCAAUGUAUAUUAAGGUGUGGUUUUUGGGGAUUUUUUUUUGAAAAAAUACGUCGGCCUCCUAAAUACUUAUGGCUUGAGACUGAAUCAAUAAACACCUUUUAGGGUGCCAGAAUUUUAGGACGGAUAUUUCCUGGAUAUCUUUUCCGAGCAUUCUGUUGUUACACGUCUGGUCGGAACUGUUCACCCUCAUGGCUACCAUUUUUAACAAUUACUCUCAGCUCGACACCUGGUCCUGGGUUGUUUCAUCGUGGAGACUGGGCAUUUUGGUAAACUUCGAGUUUUUGAGGUUUUUGUCCGGAAACCCCGGCUCGUGUCGGUUUGAAAGAAUAAGCUCAAGACCAGGCUUGGCAAUUUAAGAAUGUUAAGCUCUACUC